AUGCUCCCGUUAGACAUCUAUCGACGCCAGGCACGUAACCUGGCAUGGUACGACGAUGAAGAUGGAGAGCCAUCCCGCAACCCAUUCAAGAAGUUCCGCAGACGCCCACAGCGUAGGCACUCCAUCCAACUGGAGGCCCAGACGCGCAGCAUGGGCGAUCUGUCCCUGCCAGAGGAGCAGCGCCGGCAGCAAGAUUUCCACGACGACGGCCUGGCUGUGCGCAACCACUCCAACACCUUCCCACCAGCAACGGCCAGUAGCGAUCACUUCACGGCGGCCAGCGCUGAACGCAACGAGCCGUCGAUUGCCAGCCAGAAACCCAUCAACGUCAGUUCCGAGCAGGGAUCUGAUCUCGACCCCGAGGAAGGAACCGGCAAGACCAGACAACGGAAGGGUCUUUUUGCUCGUGGAUCAACGGAGAAUGAUACACUGAAAGACGAUUCAUCAGAGGAUCGGCCCAAGCCCCCAAAGUUCACUCUUGCAUCGCAGUUAAGAGCUACCAUCUUUAAUUCUUGGAUCAAUGUUCUCUUCUUUGCGGCGCCGGCCGGUAUUGGGCUGUACGCUGCUAAUGCGAAUCCUGUGGCUAUUUUCGUGGUCAACUUCAUUGCUAUCAUCCCAUUGGCUGCUAUGCUCAGCUUCGCAACUGAAGAGAUUGCACUGCGCACCGGUGAGACCAUCGGUGGACUUUUGAACGCCACAUUCGGUAAUGCGGUCGAGUUGAUCGUCGCUAUCAUUGCGCUUGUAAAGAAGGAAGUUGUCAUUGUCCAGACUUCGCUUAUUGGCAGCAUGCUGUCUAAUUUGCUGCUUGUCAUGGGGAUGUGCUUCUUCUUCGGCGGUAUCAAUCGCAUGGAGCAACAUUUCAAUGUUACCGUGGCUCAAACGGCCGCCAGUAUUCUUGCGAUCGCCGUCGCUGCUUUGAUCAUUCCUACCGCCUUCAGCUGGUCUGAUAGUACUACCGACCACGCCGAUAAAGUUGCACCCCUGUCUCGAGGAACCAGCAUCCUUCUCCUUAUCGUCUACGGCUGCUAUCUCUUCUUCCAGCUCAAAUCCCAUGUAGAGAUCUACAACCGUCCCAGUCCCAAGGUCGAGAAACGUCGCCAAAAGAUCACCGAAGGAGACACUACCCGCAACAUUGCUCAAAUCGGCAGAAUGACCGCCGGCACCAUGGGUGGUGAACAGGUGCAGCAAGUGCAGCUGCACGAGGAAGACGAGCCCGAGCAACCUCAGCUGAUGAUCUGGGUUGCCGUGCUCACACUCGUAGUUUCUACUGCUUUUGUCGGUGUCUGUGCUGAGUUCAUGGUCGACUCCAUCAGCGCCUUAACUGCUACCGGUGCCAUUGGCGAGACCUUCGUCGGUCUGGUCCUCCUCCCCAUCGUCGGUAACGCAGCGGAACACGCCACAGCAGUCACAGUCGCAUGCAAAGAUAAGAUGGAUCUCGCCAUCGGCGUAGCCGUUGGAUCGAGUAUGCAGAUCGCCCUGCUCGUGCUGCCUCUUAUUGUUGUCAUUGGAUGGAUUAUGGGAGUUGACGAUAUGACUCUUGCAUUCGACAACUUCCAAGUUAUCUUGCUUUUCGUCGCUGUUCUCUUGGUCAACUACCUUAUUGCUGAUGGCAAGUCCCAUUGGCUAGAGGGUGUUUUGCUUAUGACUAUGUAUUUGCUUAUCGCCCUUGCUGCUUGGUUCUACUAG